AUGGCGGAAGCAACCGUCCCACCACCACCGCCACCCGGCCUCUGGGUCCCCUCGAUAACAAUCUUCACCAACGACGACACCCUCGACCUAGAGUCCCAAUCCCUUUAUUUCCAAUACCUCACCUCUUCCCACGUCGGCCUCACAGGCCUUUUAGUCCUCGGCACAAACGCCGAGCCGUUCCUCCUCACCCGGGAGGAACGCUCCCAGCUGUUGCACCUCGCAAAGAGUGUCUGCCCCCCGGGAUUCCCCAUCAUGGCUGGCGUUUCCGGCCACAGUCUAGCUCAGGUAAAGGAGUAUAUCUCCGACGCUCAGGACGCAGGGGCAGAUUACGUGCUGGUCUUGCCGUGUGCGUAUUUUGGGGCGAAGCCAACUGUUGUGGAAGGGUUUUUCAAAGAGGUGGGGGAGUAUGUGAGGAAACUAGGAAGGGAAAGGGGGAGGGAGAUGGGGGUUGUGGUGUAUAACUUUCCCGGGGUGACGAAUGGGGUUGAUAUGGACUCUGGGAUGAUAUCACGGGUUGUGAGGGAGAGUGGGAAUGUGGUGGGGGUUAAGUUGACUUGUGGGAGUGUGGCUAAGGUGACGAGGUUGGCGGCGGAGUUUGGGAGGGAGAGGUUUAGUGUUUUUGGGGGGCAGAGUGAUUUUUUGAUUGGGGGGCUCAGUGUGGGAAGCGCGGGGUGCGUUGCUGCGUUUGGGAAUGUUUUUCCCAAGGUUAUUGGACGGGUUUAUAGGUUGUGGAAGGAGGGGAGGGGAGAGGAGGCGCUGGUGUUGCAUAGGAGAGCGGCGCUGGGGGAGCAGGUGUUGAAGAGUCUAGGGGUUGCGGGGACGAAGCUGGCGGCGGGGAUGUUUACGGGGGUGAGGGCUGGAAUUGUGCAGGAGGGUAUGGAGGGGGUGGAGGAGAGGUUUAAGAUGAGGGCGCCGUAUGAGGCUUUGGGAAAGGGGGAGAGGGAGAGGAUUUGGGAGGGGUUGAAGGGGUUGGAUGAGAUUGAGAAGGGGUUGUGA